AUGGCGGAACUGGACUCCAAUGCGUGGUAUCGCCUAUCGGAAACGCGCGUCGACAACAGCACCGGACCAUUCGCUCUCAACCUCCAGCUUCGAGAUGUCGGCCUCCGAGUGCAUCCCGUAACCGACGGCACCGCGGCGUGGCAGUUUCAACCUUUUGGCGACGUCAAAGGCCGCUACCUCAUGCGCCUCGACCAGGCGGGAGUCAAGCAGCAGCUGGGAGUCUGCUACGAUGCGAAGGAACCGGCGACCGGGAACACCGUGGCCUGUCUGCAGGAGUCGUCAGUGGACGAGUCUCAGAUUUGGGAGGUUUCGGCAUGGGACGGGAAGACGGGGGAAUACAAAUUUGUCAACGUGGCCAACGGGACCGCCUACGUGCUCGACGUGCAUCCGAAAUCGAAUCUAUUCAUGAACAGCAACAUCGAGGGCUCGGCGAGCGCGACAGACACACAACCGGCUCAGCACUGGGUCAUGACGAGCGUCAGCGCCGUCAACGACGGAGCAUACUCGACAAUCUAUUCAGGGAACGUUGCGGUCAGCACGAACUCGGCCACGCUCUCCUCAACAGCGACGACUUCAACGACUACGAAAUCCAUAACAACCACAACAGGGGCCACAGCCACGGCCGCAUCACAAACGGUCUCGACAGCAACCAGCACAGCUGUGACGAUACCAACGACGACGGGGAUAUCACCAGGGGCUGGAGCGGGAAUCGGCGUAGGCGUCGCCAUCGGUGUUGUCGGCUUGAUCGGGGCCAUUGCGUUCUUCUGGUGGCGGCGCAAGCAACCGAAGACUGCGCAAUAUAGCGAGGUCGAGCCAAAGCACGGCGGGAGUAUCGAAAGAGGGUCAUCAUCAAUCGCGGGGUCUCCGGCCGUCGGAGGGUACGCGGCGCCGUACGGGGCGCAUCCGGGGACAGGGAGCUACCCGUCGUACAAUCAAGGGUCGUACAAUCAAGGGUCACCGGCGACGAUGAGCUAUCCCGUACCCCUCGAUAGGGGGUCUCCCAAUACCAUGACCUACCCGAUCCCUAUGCACACGUCGUCGCCGUCGUCUGAGCCUAACCUAUCCUCCUGGCACUACCCACAAACCGUGUCAACAAGCGCACUUGCCGUGCCUGCUGCCGUGCCCCGUCACCAGUUCGACCAUCCCGCUAUCCACAACGAGUUCGCGCCGGCUGCGUCGAACCCUUCCUUUGAAUCAACAUCACGCUUCGGCUUUGCGUCAACUGCGGCGUCUUCCCAAGCCAACUCUACAACAAAUCUAAACGACCCCGACCCGGUCCCUAGUGCACACGAGCUCGAGGUUGCCGUGCGAGACGUGCCGCGGCGACAGCACGAACUCGGCGAAUUCCACCACGGGCCCAAUUUCGACCUUUCACAGCCGACGGCAACGACGACAGCGACGAUCACGGCACCCUCGGCAGAGCUGAGCGCGUUCCAGCACGGCCCAGAUACCUUUACGCAGAGCCAUGAGGCCAAGAUGCUUGGGGUGCCCACCGCGGAGCUCGGCUCGCACCAGCAUGGUCCCGAUACCUUUGGCGACGGCCACGAAGACAAGAUGCUCGGCGGAUUUCCGCCAGGGGCCGAGAAGUAUCAGCCGGAGCGGGAGGACAAAGUGCUGGGUAACCUGCAUGACCUGAUGAGGCCGGUUGCGGGGCAGAGCGGUAGAGGCCGUCGGCCGGAUGCCACAGAGGCCACGGGGUGGCAGUCGUACGAGAUGCAGUCAUUUCCGCCAAGGUGA